AUGAAUGAAGAAAAGCCUGAAGAGAUAGACCAUGUUGAGUUGUUUGAAAUUGCCAUGAAAGGCCAUUGGGACAAAGUAGUGGAGGUCUAUCAGAAGAGCUCGAAGGCUCGAACGGCCAAGCUCACCAAAUCAGAAGACACGGCUCUCCACUUAGCUGUCUUAGAUGGCCACACAGACAUUGUUGUCAAGCUAGUUGAUAGCAUUCCUGCAAAUGAAGCUUCCAACAUCCUUGAAAUCAAGAAUGAAGGAGGCAACACCCCUCUCCAUAUUGCGGUGAUAAUUGGGAACGAGGCUAUGUGCGAGUGCAUUGCCCAAAAACACCCGAAUCUAAUCGCAGCUCGCAAUGCGGAGAGCGAGACACCUCUCUUCUUGGCAGCCCAUCUUGGGAGGCAAGGGGUUUUUUUAUGCCUCCAUGAGCUGUGGGAAAAAGAAUCAGGGCAAGAAUUAGAUUAUACACCAUGUAGAAAGAGCAAUGGAGAUACUAUUCUUCAUACUGCAAUCUUUGGGGAGUGCUUCAGUAAGUGUGGUAUAUUAUUGCAGUUUUUUUUUUUUUUUUUAUUAUUAUUUUUUUGUGUGUGGUGGGGGAGGGUAUUUUAAUAAAAAUGUUAAAAGUUGGUUUUUGUUUUAAAAAAAUUUUGUUUUUUAUACAAUUUUAUGGUUACUUAAUUUUUUUUCUUGUAUUUAUUAAUUGUGGAAGCAUUUUGUUCUAAGUUUCUAACUUCAAUAAAAGAGGUAUUUUUUUCUCUUUGAUUGACUCUCUCAUUUCUAUAAAUGUUUCACCAUUUUAUGUGUCAUUUUGAGUCUAACUUAGAUGCAAGACUUAGUAAAAAAUGG